CGCGCGCCCCGCCACGCCAUGAAGGGCCCCAGAGGGCUCGGGGCAGUCGGGGCCCUGGCCGACCAUGCCCAGGGGAGCGACGAUGCCGCCACUGCCGCCCUGGACUGCGACCCGACCGACGCGCUCAACUGCACCGUGAGGGCGGCGGAGGUUGACGAGGACGAGCCCGCCUGGCUGGAGGAGGAGGUGGUGCCCGGCGUCAAGGUGUGGCACCUCCUCUUCAUGGUGGCGGGUGCCUUCUGCGCGCUAGUGGUGGUGCUCUGCUGCUGCAUCCGCUUCCGCAUCCCGCGCACCAAGCAGGAGAUCGAGGCGGACUACGUGCGCAAGCAGAUCACCCGCAAGUUCCAGAAGCAGCUGCGGCGCAUCCAGAACGCCGACAUGGACGACAUGGACCUCAAGCGAGUUUGUGUGCUGGCAGCGCUGGACCGCGUUCGCGCCGAGUUCAAGUCAGACACGGAGAGCCUGGCGCAGUCCAUCAGCAGCUCCGCCAACGCCUCAGUGUGCAACAGCCCCGGCGGCCCGCGGGGGGACACGUACCGCAAGGGCAGCGACAUCGGCGUGUCCAUCGAGGACCUGAUCGAGCGCCGCAACAGCGGCCUGGGUGCGCGCUUCUCCUCGCUGGUGGGGACCUUGGGCAAGCUGCGGACGCGCCGCGGCUCCAGCGCCGUGGCCGCGGAGCAGGCGCCGAGCAGCCACCGGACGGUGCAGGCCGAGCCCUGAGCCUUCAACU